AUGUUUGUUCGAAGUCUUGAAGGUGGGUUGAUUAGAAUGCAGGUCGGCAACCUUGUCGUUAGAGAUAAACCUGUGUAUGAAUAUGGGGAAAACUUACAGUUGAAAGUUGUGACUUUGAUCCUCAUUGCGAGCACGAUAUUUCCUGUUGGGAUUGUUGAUGAUAGUUGGACACCCUCAUUUGCUUCAAACUCGUUCCAUAGAGUGAACAACAUUGGUCUUUUCCUUUAUCCUAAUCCUCCUCGCCCAGACCUAUCUCGCCGCCAAUGGAGAGUCACCCCCGCUUCGAGAUCUUCUCCCCCUUCGACUCCCUCCUCCCGCCGCUUGAACCAUCUGAAUUACUCCGGCGAAAAGUUCCAGCGGGACCUUCGUUCACCUCCUGCAACGGCACCUUCACAUUUGACGGCGGAUGAGUGUGCGUGCGACGAAAGAAGCACGUGGAAAACGGACCGUCGCAUUGUGCGGAACUGGAUUCGUCGCCAUGAUAAUGAGGCUUUGGAGAACAGUGGAAUUAGUUUAAACCAAAAAGACUUCGGGAGACAUAAGUGA